GGCCAAGCUGCGAGACAGCUUGCGAAGCUCGACCCAAGCACUCAAUCAGAGAAGGCUAGAAAAGGACGUGGAACAGUACCGGGCGAUUGCUGGCGAUUCGAAAGUCUUGCUCCUGGAACUACGGGGAAGGUGCCAGGAACUCAACGUGGAUGGCACUUUGAAGGACUUGGGCAAGGGUGUAGAUGUAGAUGGAGCAUCUUCGGCCGAGAGGUUCUUCGAUGUGCUUUCCAAGGAACUCAAUGCACAAGCAGAUUGGCUUCGAGGCCGCUACAUGGACGUGCGCUUUUCUACUGGCACUUUCACAUUGGCACGACGUGUAAGACGGUCAACGCCAGUGUCCUUACUGGGCGUUGCUGACCGCUUGCUUCACCAGCGGCAGCUCAAGAUGAUGGUGGUCAGAGAGAUGAGGCGCGCCUCCAUGGGCAUGGAAGAAAAGGUAGAGCAGCUCACUCAGCGGUUCAAGCUGGCGCUUCUGUCUCGGAGGCAUUCGCACAAAGAGGAUGAUGCUGCUUCCAGUGGCGAAGACAGCUCCGAUGAAUGGGAGGACGAGAUCGAAUGCAUGUCUGAAGGCAUUGACAACCAGACUCUCCGGCAGAAGAUGUGCGAGCAUUCAGAAGGCAUGGAUGGCAUUGAGCGCACAGAGACCACCAGCGCAGCGGUUUCCAGAAAUCCCACAUCUGUAGAGGUUGAAGCCGGACGUGCCCACAGCCGUGAAGGCUCUGUAUCAGCUGCAACACUGCAGCUGCGGCAGCCAUCUUUCUUCGAGGAGUCGCCUACCCCACGCGCUGGCACGUCUGCUUCACAAGUUUCGCGGACGCGGACUUUCACGGGCACAAGAGAAAAGGAUGCUGGUUCCCCUGGCGAUGAGGGCCUUGAAAAGGACGAGAUCGAACGCAUUGAAGGCACCCGGUUCACCCACAAUGCGGGAGCAUUGCCAGGAGUUGACACCGAGACACUCCAGCAGAUUGUUGCCGAUGCUGAAGUCAUGGAAGACAUUGAGCGCAUUGGGACCAUCGCAGAGGCUGAAGGUGGACAUGCUUACAGCCGGCAAGGCUCUGUGGCAGCUGCGGCGCAGCGGCAGCUUUCAUCUUCGAAGGAGCCACAUUUGCGAAGAGAGCUGCUCAAACAGAUGUCCAGCGCUGAAGCUGGACAUGCCCACGGCCGGGCAGGAUCUGUAGCAAUGCAGGUGCAGCGGCUUUCUUCCAUGGAGGAAUCAACUACGCCACGAGCUGGCGCGCUUGCUUCAAAAGCUGCGUGGUCAUUGCAGCUCACCAAAGAAUGGGAAGAGAAGAUGCCCAAGAGCCAAACUGAGCAGGAAAUGGUCGCGGUCUACAUGAUGCGUGUUGCAAUGCGCUCCCUGUGGAUAAUUCAGGGGCAGAAGCUGUUGCAGGCACAGAAGGCAGCUCAGAUCUAUUGCAAGCAACUUCUGGGAAGAUUCGAGGCCCCCGACGCAGUCCACAAACUAAAGCUAAAGGAAGCAGCUAAACAGUUUCGACCGAAGUCAGUCAAUCAGGUGUUUGAAGGUUUGAAGGGCAAGGAUUUUUCGUUGACUUUGCGGGGUCUGUACCACGUUUUGGACUUGGCAGUCUUUCGGGAAUCGGGGAGGGAAGAAUGCGGCAGGCAUCCGCGUCUCUUUCUUGUAGGUGUUUGGAGAUGUUUGCCUUGUGCUGGGACCGUGCUGCAGGGCGCUUGGGGGUGGGUAGAGGAACAAUAG